GGUGGGGAACAUGCGGUCCAUUGAGGAGCUGCCGGGAGCCGGGAGCGGAGGCACCGCCGCGCACCGCCGCCGCGACACCCCGAGGCUCCAGCCCGUCCCUCCCCCGCGCGGGAGAGCCCGACCCAGCGCUUCUCCCGCCGCCUGCUCCUCGUCCUCCGCCGAUGGGAUCCUUGGGUCCGGAGCCGCGCUGAAGACUAAAAACCCAGCAAAAAAAAAAAAGAAAAAAAAAAGCAACCUCCCCCCACCCCCCAAAAACAAACAAAACCAAACCAGCCCAAAACCAAACCACAGCAAACCCAGUGCCCCGCCAAGCGCACCAUGCCCGGCAGCCUGGCCCCUGCGCGGCCCGGGCUGGGACUUGUGACUAGUGGACUAGCCGUGUAGACGGGGGUAGGGGACCCGUCCUGCAGCUGGACACCGUGGCACGACGGACUGCGGCCACCACCGGGGGAGCGGACAGCGGCCUGAUCCGGAGCAUGAGCAUCUCUCUGUCCGUCUAGCACGGAGCUGCCCCGCCCCGGCGGCGGCCAGCCUAGAGCAAUGCUGCUAGGUUAGCAUCCAAAGCUCCUUUUGAGUCGUCUUCUUCUUUUUUUUUUCUCCUUUUCUUCUUCUUUUCAUUCUUCUCGUCGUCGAUUUUUUUUUUUUUUUGGUCCUCCUAUUUCUCUUUGGGAAAAGCAGAUGCACUUUGACUCCUGACUGCUCUACCUCAGACCUGAGAAAACUCAUCACAUUUGCUUUUCGCUGGGUUUUCACCAUUGUCGCUUUUCGUUUCGUUUUUUUUCCCCUUUUUCCCUCCCCCCUUGUUUUCGCAAUGCGCGCAGCCCUCUCCCCCCUGUCCCUGCUCCUGGAUCCGUGCUAGCGGCCGGGAUCCGGGCUGCAAGGCUGGGCAGACCUCUUAUUUUUUCCCCCCCGGUGUGUGGCCCGCUUAGGACAUUUGAACGAAGAUCAUUCUUCCUCCCUAUUUUAUUACUGUUGUUGUUGUUGUUGUUGUUAUUUAUUAUUAUUAUUAUUGUUAUUGUUAUUAUUCUUUUCCUCCUCCAAGGCUUUUUUUAGAGCAAACCCCGCACGCAACCAACCUGCUUUUCUUUUUACAGCAGGAUCCAUCCUGCUCCUCUCGUUAUUAUUCUUGCUGCCCCUUCUUCUCUUUCUCUCUCUAUUUUAUUUUUCCCUGCUUGGCACCUGGGAGCCUCCCCCCGCCCCACUCUCAGAAUAACCAAAGACAAUGGUGCACUGUGCCGGCUGCAAGAGGCCGAUCUUGGACCGGUUUUUGUUGAAUGUACUGGACAGGGCUUGGCAUGUGAAGUGUGUGCAGUGCUGUGAAUGUAAAUGCAAUUUGACAGAGAAAUGCUUUUCCCGGGAAGGCAAGCUUUACUGCAAGAACGACUUCUUUCGGUGUUUCGGGACCAAGUGCGCGGGCUGCGCGCAGGGCAUCUCCCCCAGCGACCUGGUCCGGAGGGCGCGGAGCAAAGUGUUCCACUUGAACUGUUUCACUUGCAUGAUGUGUAACAAGCAGCUCUCCACCGGCGAGGAGCUCUACAUCAUCGACGAGAACAAGUUCGUCUGCAAAGAAGAUUACCUGAGCAACAGCAAUACCGCCAAAGAGAACAGCCUGCAUUCAGCCACCACCGGCAGUGACCCCAGCCUGUCCCCGGACUCGCAAGACCCUUCCCAGGACGACGCCAAGGACUCGGAGAGCGCCAACGUGUCGGACAAGGAGACGGGCAGCAACGAGAACGACGACCAGAACCUGGGCGCCAAGCGGCGGGGGCCGCGCACCACCAUCAAAGCCAAGCAGCUGGAGACGCUGAAAGCCGCCUUCGCCGCCACCCCCAAGCCCACGAGGCACAUCAGGGAGCAGCUGGCCCAGGAGACCGGCCUCAACAUGCGGGUCAUCCAGGUGUGGUUCCAGAACCGGCGCUCCAAGGAGCGGCGCAUGAAGCAGCUGAGCGCGCUGGGCGCCCGCCGCCACGCCUUCUUCCGCAGCCCGCGCAGGAUGCGGCCGCUCGUGGACCGGCUCGAGCCCGGCGAGCUCAUCCCCAACGGGCCCUUCUCUUUCUACGGAGAUUAUCAGAGCGAGUAUUAUGGCCCAGGAAGCAAUUAUGAUUUCUUCCCACAAGGACCUCCUUCUUCUCAAGCGCAGACACCAGUUGAUCUCCCUUUUGUGCCCUCUUCCGGGCCAUCAGGAACUCCUCUGGGUGGAAUGGAUCACCCACUCCCUGGACAUCACCCCUCCAGUGAGGCUCAGCGCUUCACUGACAUAAUGUCGCACCCGCCAGGAGACUCACCCAGCCCCGAGCCCAACCUGCCAGGUUCUUUGCACUCCAUGUCUGCAGAAGUUUUUGGUCCAAGUCCUCCAUUUUCUUCAAUAUCCGUCAACGGUGGUGCUAACUAUGGCAAUCACUUGUCACAUCCACCAGAAAUGAAUGAAGCGGCUGUGUGGUAGCUUUAAAACAAACUGGGUCUAAGUAAGUGAUGAUCAUCUAGUCUGCUUAUGUUAUGGUGUACAGAAAUGAAUAAAUAUAACAUCUCUCCUGCCCUAAGACAGUUUUACCUUGGGAACGAACUGAAUCUGAAAUACUCCAAGGCGAGCUUUGCUAUAGACCAGGACAAUCUUCAUAAUAUGGUUGUAACAAACAAAAAAGGGACUUUUUUGUACCAUUGACAGAGAAACUGGUGAAGCUGUACAGUAAAGUGCUGCCAUACCAUAGGAUGGCGUAAGUUGAGUACCCUGUUGGAUGUCACCCUAAGAGCCACAAUCCUUAGAAACUUUUCAUUAAAAAAAAAAAAUUGAACAAAAGAAAGGUCAAAGAAAGGGGGGAAAAAGCUUCAAGAACUCUAGCGUUCCCAGUUAAGGAUGGUUCUGGCAUUAUGAAUUCGUUUGUUAAUUUUUGUCUCUCAGAAAAUUCAACUACAACAAACUCUUUUUAGCUUCAGAAAUGUCAGCCUGCUGAAUAUCAGGUGGGACAAUUUUUUUUUCCUUUUUUUUUCCUCUCCAAAAUAACAAAUACUAAAUGUAAGCCCUCAGCAUCAACUCUUCUACCUUCACAAAGCUACACGUACAAAAAAUCCUCAUAAUAACAAAGGUCACCAACCAGACCUCUAACUAAAAUGACUUGAAACAAACAGAAAAAAAAGUAUUCUACCUUCACAAAAAAAAAAGCUAAACAAAAAGACUCUAUUGAACUAAAAACAGUCAACUGUUUACGUAUAAUGUUAAAUUCAGGAGCUCAAUGUUUUACUAAUAAAUCCUGUUUUAGAACCUCUUGUUCAAAAGCAAAAUAUUUUGAGCAACCAACCAAAAUAGUUCAUUUUCUUUUCUGUAGAUGUUAUAUGACAGAUUGCAGGGCUUGUGGUUCACUGUGCUAGUUUGUAAAAGGUGUUGUUUACAGAAGGCAAAGACAAAAACCCAUGAAACCUAGACAGUUGCCAAAUAAAGUAAUUAUAUAGCACAAAUACUGUAAGGUGCUUUGCACCAGCAACCUGAGAAAGUGUUUAAAAAAAAAAGUGUUACAAGGUUAAAAAACAAACCAACAUCUUUUGCUAAUUUUUAGUCCUGUUGAACAUUCAUGGAAUUGUUAAUAUGACUUAUAUAGACCCACACAGGUUUUAUUUUUGUGUCUUUAAAAGAAAAGUCCAAAAUAUUUAAAUUUUAUGGUCAAAUAUGCAGUCAACAGCUGCUACUUUUUUCUUUAUAUAUUAAAUUUCUCAUAUGUCUUUUAUUGUUCUAAUAAACCUAAGCUUGUGUGACCUCCAGUGCAUAUUAGACCAUUCACUGUAUGAAAGAAAACAUGUUGGAUAAAAUUUGUGAGUUUUUAAUAAAAUUAGAAAAUCUGA